GCAAGCCCGUUACGUGAACUUAUGCUGGGCACGCAACGCACCGAAGCUCCACACCAGCUCUUUCCCUGUUUAUCCGCCUCUUUUCUCGUAGUCUGAUACUCUCUCCAUGGAGAAACUGAGAGUGCUGGUGAGCGAGAUCGCUUACGCUCGGAACCACACGAAGCUCUCUCCUCUCCAACGCUCUCUCAUCCCAGUCCUUUCAUUCGCCUCAUCUCUCUACGGACUUGCUCUCUCUCUCCGCCACUAUCUCUACCACUUGGGCAUCUUCCGCAAGCACCGGUUGCCGGUGCCGGUUAUUAGUGUUGGGAAUUUGACUUGGGGAGGCAAUGGGAAGACACCCAUGGUGGAGUUCAUCGCUCGCUGGUUAGCUGACUCUGGAAUUUCACCUCUCAUUCUCACUCGGGGUUAUGCUGGUGGGGAUGAGGCUAGAAUGCUUGGAAGGCAUCUACUCGGGGGAACUGCAAAGAUUGGUGUGGGCGCAAACCGGGCAGCUGUUGCUGCUUCUUAUUUUGAAAAAUAUGGUUACGUUGAUCCUCGUAGUAGUACAUCCUAUCAGAGACUUUGCCUCAACAAAGUGGAAAGUCAUCUUAAUUCAGAAAAAGUUGGUGCUGUAAUUCUAGAUGAUGGAAUGCAGCACUGGAGCUUGCACCAUGAUCUGGAGAUUGUAAUGGUCAAUGGAUUAGUGCUGUGGGGCAGCUGUCAUUUACUCCCACUUGGACCCUUAAGGGAGCCUUUAACUGCACUCAAACGGGCUGAUGUUGCUGUCAUCCAUCAUGCUGACACGGUUUCAGAACAAGGUCUCAAAGAUGCAGAGCUUAUGAUUCGAGAAGUUAAAGAAUCCCUCCCUAUUUUCUACACUAGAAUGACUCCCUCGAACUUUUUUGAAGUGUCAAAUAUUAAUUCCAAACUACCCCUGGGAGUUUUGUGUAAUGCCAUCAUAUUAUGUGUGUCUGCCAUUGGUUCUGCAAAUGCUUUUGUAAAUGCGAUAGAGAAGAUAGGAGCAUCUUUUGUUGAUAGACUCGACUUCAGUGACCAUCACAUCUUUCAAGCCAGGGAUGUUGACCUGAUCAGAAGGAGACUUGAAGAACUUGAGGAUAAGUUUGGUUCCAAGCCAGUUGUUGUAGUAACAGAAAAGGAUUAUGAUCGAGACACAGAGAUUUUUAAGGGCUUGCAUCCUUCCAAAGUUUUGGUGCUUUGCUCUGCAUUGGAAUUUCUGUCUCAGAAAGGAUGCACGGAGAAGGGAUUCAAGAAGUUGUUGGAGGAAUCACUUAGGGUAAAAUUACGUGGUCUAAACUAGAGUCCAGCUACAGUGA